AUGGGGGAUCACCAGCGCAGUGCACCAGGCGCACCGCCGUCAAAUGCGCCGCCUCGUGCUGCCGAGGAUGUUGGGAACAAGCAACAAAAUCCCUCAAUCGCCCGGAGUAUGUCUCGGUAUCGUCGCAAUCGACCGGUGGUUGCUGUCGACCCGGCUGCACCUCCAACACCGACUGCACCAUCAUCUGCAACAGCAAUUGCACAGCGCUCCAAGGCGCAAUGUCUGUUAGAGCAGCAAGAAAAGAGGAUACCCUUGGCCUCCAAGGGGAAUCAAGAGCGAGAAAAGGAACAGCACCGACAGAAUGCAAUGGCCCAAUUGACUGGAGAAGCCAAGUCCAACAAACCCCCACCCCCACAACUAUCAACAACGUCGCCAUCAAAGGCAAGAUCGGCCAGGCCAAAUCUACCUACAGAGAAGACGUCGACUCGUGAAAAGCCCGUCCAGAAUGCAUCAUCGCGAACCAACCCGAUGCGUGAAUGGUCACCGACCAAAGAUCCGGCAGCCCUUCCGGAUCAAAAUCGCAAAUCAAUCUUUCAAAAGGUUGGUCUGUCGCGGGCCAAAGCAAGUCAGCCACAAAUCAAAGUUCCUCCGACCGGGCCAGCAAAACCCAACUAUAUUGGCACUGGAGGGGGAGGUAUUGUGCCGGGGACAGAUGCCCCAGUUUCAGCCGUAAAUGCUGGAGAACGCCUGGUGAUGGUCAAAUAUGGCGACAAGAGCGCAAGACUACCAGUGACACCCUCAACGAAUGUACAGGAUCUACUAGAUAUAGCUAGAGCGCGCAUCUCACGGCAUAUUGACCCGAACGCAUUUCUUCUGAUUGAAUCUUUCCAGCAGAUUGGCUUGGAGCGGCCAUUGCGACAAUAUGAGCGUGUUCGCGAUGUGUUGAACUCCUGGGCCGCAGACGACGAUGGUGCUUUGCUCGCCGUCCCCGCAUCGAGUCGGGAAGCCGUAACUCCGCUUGAAGCGUCGAGCGUAUUGUGUGAAAAGCCUCCCCAUACCACCGUCUGCUGCUACUACUCUCAUCGGCCCCGCAAGUGGGACAAGCGAUUUGUGACGCUGCACAGUGACGGGCAAGUGACCAUAUCGAAGAAAGAAGGCUCCAAGGACUCUGCCAAUGUCUGCCACCUGUCAGACUUUGACAUAUACACCCCUUUACCCCGAUAUGCGGCCAAAGACAUCAAGGCCCCGAAGAAAAUCUGCUUUGCGAUCAAAAGCCAACAAAAAUCCUCCAUGUUUCUCUCCACCGACAGCUUUGUUCAUUUCUUCAGCACCAAUGAUCGCGCCCUUGGAGACCAAUGGUACCAAGCAGUCCAAAGGUGGCGGAGCUGGUACUUGGUCCAUAAAGUACGCAUAAACGAGCCCGUGGCCCCCAACGAUAACUACGAGCGCAAGCCAUCACUCAUUCAAUCUGCGACGCGAAAUCUCCCUCCCGCCCAAGAUGUCCCGCGCAUUCUUCCCUUGAACCGUCAGAACAGCGAGCCGGAGCCUGCUCAGCGUUUAGUGGAACGUCAGCAAGCCGAAGCGUCUGUGUCUCGCAGGAAGACCACUCGUGAGCACCGUUCGCCCCCAUCAUCCUUCCCCGCGACCCUCACCCUGGAUACGAGGUUGCCUUCCCAGAAGGCGGGCUCCAUCAAUGAACAAUCAUCACCAGAGGAAGACCAGGGACAGGUUUUUGCAUCAACCGGACUUCUAGGGAAAACAUACACCCAGCGGCAGCAUGCAAUGCGUGAGCGGGAAGACCGGGCGAAGAAAGCGCACCAAGAUCCCUUCACUAACGCGGGCCUCAUUGGCUCAAACUCCGGGAGCGCCUCCAGUACUCAGCCGAACAGCCGUACCAACACACUCACUCGCGCCGACCAUGGCGACCGAUCGAUGUCCAUCGGUCAGGCCCAAAAGCCCUUGGUUGAUUUGACACCCAAGUUUGUAGAACAACCGCAGCAUCUGCGCAAGGGCCGUGGAGUCCGAGUCGAGCCCGGGCGACAAUUGAUUGAGGCGGCCACUGGACCUGAGCCGAUUCCCGGAGUUGCGAGUGUGCCAUCUUCGACGACCUGGAAAAGACCGACUGUCGAGCCGCCCUCGCAAUCACAUCCCCAUCGCUCGAAUACGACAAAGAGCGGACGUCCUUCAAACAGGGCGGCGCCACAUAAUGCAGGACCCAUCUCGGCAGGCCCUGUCUCUUCCUCGUAUGAGACGUUCAUCGCAAAUAGCUUACUUGCGAACGCGGACCGCAAUCCGAGCACGCAACCGCAUCACGGCAAAGUGUCCCUUGGCCGGGGCGUCGCCACUGGAGAUCGUGAUGCGACCCGGCCUCUGCUCGACAUGUCGGACGAGAAUCCCUUUGCGGAAGGCAGCUUGUUGAAGAAGUUAUAG